AGUGAGAUGAACGUAGACGGACAGUGAGCGGUAAUAAGGAGUUGUGAAACCUGAACAAGGUCUUCAAGGUGAAAGAGAGAGAGAGAUUAGAGAGAGAGAAGAAAGUGUGAUAUAUCCUGCCUACCGAUCUUUGACACCUAGAGGACUUCAGCUGUUCUUUUUAAGUGUGCUGGUUGAGGUAGGUUACCAUGGAAACCAGGAUGGUGAUGACGCGAGAGCAGGAGGAAGAGUCCUCCAAGAUGUCUCAAAGCAUGCAGCUGUCCUCCCAGAUCAAAAAGAAGACCUUCACUUCAAGUGAUGAAGAAGCGUCCUACUCUGAUUUCUAUCCCAUCAUCCCUGCUGAUGUGAUGUCCGUCAAAGAGAUUUUCAACGAGAAGAGCAUUCCUCGUCACAGGACAUGGGAAAUCCUGCAGGAAACCAUGUCAGCUGAGGAAGAGCAUACCCGAGAGAAAUGGACAAUGUUUGGGAAUGAGGCUGAGACGGUGGAAGAAGAUGUAAUCAGGAAUCAACAAGUGUUACGCACUCGCAUUGACACAAUGGCUGUUCGCAGACAGGCAGAAAAGAAAAAAUAUUCCCACAUGAAGUACCUGGAGCAACUGAGUCGGAAGGUCCCAGACUUCCCAGUCCCCCUGAGAGCUCACACAGUCUGGGAGGGAAUGACGGUGAAACUCUCCUGCACGGUCCAGGGCUGUCCACCCCCUAAAGUAACAUGGUACAAGGAUGGUCAACCACUGAUGAUGUCUCACCAACCAUGGAAUUACACCCUCAAACAACAGUUUGGUAUCAACACACUGGAGAUCAGAAGGUGUUCUCCAGGUGAUGCUGGCGAGUAUAAAGUGAUUGCCAAGAGUGUCCUGGGUGAAGCUACGACGUUUGGAACCCUAGUGGUGAACUCAUAUCAAGGAGCUGUGGCUGGUUCAGAGCGCGUGGAGACUGCCGCCCUGCAAGUGCAACAGGACGCCCAGUUUGAUGUGUCUUUCCCACCAACCUGGGUGAAGGAGGACAACAGCCUCACCCUGGAGUGUACCUUCACCUCCGCUCUGCUGCCCUUCCAGCAGGAUGUCAGCUGGUUCAGGGAUGGCAUACGCCUUCAUCAGUCUAGCAAUGUGGACAUUAAAACCUUCGACAACAAGGCUUCCAUCACUGUCAGGGCUGCACAAAAGGAGGAUGAGGGUGUUUACACAGCCAGGCUGAGGACAUGGGACGGCAUCCAGGAACACGAAACUUUUGUCUACAUCAAAGAUGCGUCAGCCGCGGUGCGUGGAGGUCCUGCGUCUCCUCUGGCGGUGCAGGUGUCUGAUGUCAACAAGGACUACGUGUUCCUAACUUGGCAGCCGCCCAGCGCCGAUGGAGCUUCACCUGUGGAGGGUUAUUAUGUUGAAAGAUGUGACCUGGGUCAGGGUGAGUGGGUGCGCUGCAAUGAGCAUAUUCAGAAAAUGUGCCACUUCCCGGUGUUUGGGCUGAAGGAGGGAACUAUGUACCAGUUCAGAGUUUGUGCUGCAAACAAAGCCGGAGUGGGACGCCCAUCCAAAGCCACAGGGCCCGUCCUGACUGCAGACCCUCUGGAACACACCAGGACAAUGGUGGUAAAAGUGGACAGAGGAAGGACCAUCACCAUUACAAAAGAUGAGCUGGAAGGGCGGGUCAAAGCUCCUUUCCCUCCCACCAACGUCCACGCCUGCGAGGUGAGCGACACCUACGUGGUGCUGAGCUGGACCGAGCCUGAACCCAGAGGCAGGGAGCCGCUGACCUUCUAUGUGGAGCAGUCCCUGGACGGGAAGAACAGCUGGGGUCUGGCGAGUCUGGAUGUGGCGGUGAGCUCUCCCAGGUUCCCGGUGUUUGACCUGGUCAAGGAGAGGAAGUACCGCUUCAGAGUCCGCUCCGUCAACAAAUACGGCGUCAGCGACGCCUCCGAGCCCAGCGCACCCAUCUCCCUCGGAAAGCCACAAGCCACACCAGCUCCACCUCGCUCUGUGAUGCCGGUCGCAGACACGGACACGUCGGUGCUGCUGCAGUGGCAGGAACCAGAGGACAAAGACGGCAUCCUGGGAUAUUACCUGUACCGCAGCGAAGCUGGAAAACAGGACUGGGAGACGGUUAACAAUAAGCCCAUUGUAAAUAACAGGUUUACGGUUCAUGGCCUGAAGACUCGGGGGGAGUAUAUUUUCAGAGUGAAGUCUGUGAGCCGAGCGGGAAACAGCAAAUAUUCAGACGAGAGUCGCCCCAUCAGGGUCAAAUCGGCCAUUACUGUGCCCUCAGCUCCCUCUGGCAUCAGUCUUCUGCUGUGCACUGGCUCAGAGAUGGUGUUGGGCUGGAGGGCCCCUUCCUGCAACGGCGGAGACCCCGUGCACGGCUACUACCUGGACCAGAGGGAGAAGAGCACGGAGACGUGGAAAGAGGUCAACGCCAAAGCUGUCAAACAGAGACAGCUGAAGGUUUGCAGCUUGACAAGCGGACACUUCUACCAGUUCCGUGUAUUUGCCACCAACGUGGCCGGCGUUGGGAAAGCGUCGGACGCGAGCGAAGCCUUCCUGUGUGAAGAGUGGACAAUGCCAGAACCAGGUUGCCCCUACGACCUGGAGUUCAGGGAGGUGAGAAGUGACUCCCUGGUGCUGUUGUGGGCAACUCCGCUGUACGAGGGUCAAAGCCCCAUCACCGGUUACCUGCUGGAAAUCAGCCAGGAGGACCAGUCAGACAUCUGGACAGCUUUGACUGAAGAGCCCGUCUCUGAUACGCAUUACAAGGUGAUGGGUCUGCAGGCGGGUCAGAAGUACCGUCUGCGUGUGUCGGCUGUUAAUGAGGCGGGAGUGGGUCGUGCUUCUCUGCCGUCUGAGCCAGUCACAGUUCUGACUCAACCAGGCACCAAAGACAUUGAGAUUGGUGUGGAUGAUGACGGGUUUAUAUUUCUGGGCUAUGAAUCCACUGAGAUGGACGGCAAGAGCGAGUACCUCUGGAGCAGAAACUACAAAGAACCCAUCGAUGCAGGGAGGAUGAAAGCACAAACCAAGGCCGGUCGAUCAGUUCUCACCUUCACAGACCCAUCUGUGGAGGAUCUGGGUCUCUACACGGUGGAGAUGAGCGAUAGCCCGGACCUGUCAUCCAGCUACAAUUUCACCGCUGAAGACCUUGAACGUCUCAAAGAACUCAGCUGGCAUGUCAGAAAUCCCCUGAUAGCACUGAAGUCAGGCUGGCAGGUGGAGGUUUCUGAGAAAGGCGCCGUACGUGUUUGGCUUCAGACGGAGAGUCUGAGUAACGCCGCAGAGCUGUGUCUGAUCUGCAACGACAGAGAGAUCUCCAGCACUGCGCACCGCAAGAUCAACUUUGAAAAGGCCAAAGGUCUGGUGGAGAUGCUGUUUGAUCAGCUUUCUCCAGAGGACGAGGGCUCGUACACGGCCCAGCUGAGAGACGGCCGCGCCAAAAACCAGUUCACUUUGGUCUUUGUGGAUAAAAAGUUUCGUGAGACGUUGGCACUGGCUGAUGCAAAUCGACGGGACAGUCAGAGGAAGGCCGGACCUUAUUUCCAGGAAUUCUUUACGUGGAGUGUGAAUAAGGAUUGUGAAUUGACCAUAAAGUGCAAGGUGACAAACACCAACAAGGAGACGUCUUUCAAGUGGUUUAAGGACGACGUGGAAAUGACUGGGGUCAUUUAUGAUCAGUCAUCGGGGGUCAGCUCGUUCACCAUCCAGCAGGUUACAAGGAAAGAGGCUGGUUUAUACAGAGCUGUGGUGUCUGAUAAGAGAGGAGAGGAUGUCAGCACCUUGGACUUAGUGGACGCUGAGUUUGAAAAGCUCCUCCAGCAUCUAAGCAAACAGUGUGCUCUGUCAGCGAGUGAUCUGAAGGUCCACAGCACCACUGAAGGUUUCAAGCUCUACUGCUCCUUCAAAUACUACAAUAGCUUCCUGAAGACCAGCUGGCAUUUCAACGAAAAGCGGAUUGACCUGGAGGCCAGGGCAAAGCCCGGCAGCAGCUUGCAGGCAGUCUGGAUCGAAAUCCUAAACCCGACAGAGAACGAUAAAGGCAAAUAUUUCUUGGAGAUGUUUGAUGGCCAAGAGACACACAAACGGUUUCUUGAUCUGUCUGGAAAAGCUUUUGCAGACGUCUUGCUGGAACACCAAAGGUUGAAGCAACUGGCCAUUGCUGAGAAAAACCGCGCCAAAGUGACAAAGGGUCUUCCUGAUGUUGUAGCCAUCUUGGAGGGCAAGUCUCUGUGCCUGUCGUGCUUCAUCGAGGGUGAACCGGCCCCAGAGAUCUUCUGGCUCCGUAACGACAGGGAGAUCCUCGAUCUGACUCAGUUCACCAUCAGUAAAGAGCCCAAGCACAGCUGCAUCACCAUCAACAAGGUCCAAAUGGAAGAUUCUGGAAAGUACAGCAUCUUUGUGAGGAAUCAGUAUGGGUCUGAAACGGUGGACGUGACCGUGAGCGUGUACAAGGCGGGAGAGAAGCCUCCACCUAAUGCAGUGGAAAUGAGUUAAGACUGCAAAUUCAGUCGCCGCUUUCUGCUGGAAGUUCCCGCUUAGAUAUGCAUAGAUUUGACCACGUAGGGACUUUCUUCACCAAAGUUGGGCUUUUUAUCUUUUAAAAUGAGAAGUGACACGAUUUCCCUCCUACAGUAACUACAUUACUGUUGAUGUGCUGGAGGAGGAAAGUUCAGUUUAGUAUUAGUUACGUAAUGAACCGUAACCAAAUUAAUUGGCCAAGUAAAACCAAAUAGAGAUAUCCUUUUAUCUCUGACAUUAAAUAUUAGUUUGAUUAAAUCCUACUGCUGCACUUACUCUUAGCAUAUAUGCAAUUAAUGGAUGCAUUGUUCCGCUAUUAUGAUGUAACUGCAAGUGCUUGUGUGUUAUAUCACCAAAGCUGCAACUCCAUCUAGUGAGCUUUCAGUGUUGUGCAUGUGUGUGCUCAAUAAAGCAACUUCCAAUUAUUG